UCAGUCAGAACUGAAGAGUCAGGCUGUGUCGACACGUGUGCGGAAGGCUCGCGAUGAAACCAGCGCUCAGUUCCUGCUUUUCCCUCCUAACUUGUGUACUGGCGUGCUGGGCUCUCAAUGGCACUGAGGAGAGCCUCUGCACGAAAGAGGCGUUAUGCGCAAGAGGCCUUGUAAUUCCGAUCGAUGACCAGCUCCGCCAGGUGGCCGUGUGGACAGGAAACGGCAGCAGAGUGGAAGUUCACGGCCCGUUUGUGGAUCAACCGACGAGCUCAGAGGAGAAAUGGCUCAACUUCACUGCAAUUCAGAAUGGUUCUGGGUACUGCGUUUCCUCCGAGGCAUUAGCGAAGGACUCUUGCGAUGAGGAUUCGAACUCUCUGCAUCUCUGGAGUUCCCGUGACACCAAGUGGAAUCUAGAGCCUGCUAUCAUGACUUCCGGUAGAUGUGCUGUGCUUGUGGUUCGAAUUAGAAAAAAAAUACAUGCUAAAAUAUAAGUUGUUGAUUUUC